AAAAAAGUAUAUAUACUUGUCCUGCUCUAAUUUAUUGCGUGUAGAAGACAAGCCUUUCGCUGUGAGGACGGUUUGAUUUUCGUGCGGUGUUUCGCGCGGUGGCGAGCACUAAUCAUUGCGUUUUUCCAGAGUAAACACGCUCUCGCGAAUAGUCGACGGAGAAUCGUGUGCACUUUGCGGACGAAGCGACGUUCGCGCGACACGUCUGCGCGGGGCGCAGACCCGAAGACCAGGUCGCGUGGAGUUUCGAAUUUCCCACAGUUAUGGCAGUCGCGUAUCCCCGUUGCUUCAGCGAGUAUUACCGGAACUUGUUGCAACAGUUCGCGAGCCACUGUCAGACGCCUAACGGGGACAUCACCGAUCCGGACUGGGUUGACUACCUGCCCAAGGAGGAGAACACCGAGCAGUCCUCGCAGAAGGACAAUCGAAGGCCGCGGAGACCCGCGCAGUUUAUACCAGGCGUGCCGCAUAUACAGGCCUCCAAGAUAUUCGAGAUCGGGUGUGUCGCGGGCACGGAGAACAAGUGUCUCGAGCUGGUUUCCGCGGAAUGGCACACCACGAGGGUGACGCUGAAGCGACACAUCUUACCAACGUGUCGCGACGCGAUACGGGCGGACGUGGAGAUCCUUCGUAAAAUUUGGCAUCCCAACGUACUGCUGCUGAUGGCCACGACGUAUACGCGCGAGUACGGCCUCGUCUCCGUCUUCGAGCCAAUCGACUGCUCGUUGUACAAUUACAUGCACGAGCAAAACGAGCGAAUAAGCGUGCAAGGAGUCAUGCAGAUCGGCAUGAAAUUGGCGGACGUAUUGCAAUACUGUCACACGCGUGGAUACAUUCACACAGCGGUUAGCUCGCACUGCGUUUACUUUACAUCUGAUGGGACUGUCAAACUUGGCGGAUGGGAGCUGGCCAGAGAAAUUGGCAAAGUUUACGUGGAACGCGAUUUCGAAAAAUAUCUGCGCUUAGAAAAUUUUAAAUGGCAAGCACCGGCGUUGUGUUACGGGCACCAUCCCAAUACAAAAAUCGACGUUUACGGCUUAAUGCUAUUACUUUGGGAAAUGUGCACAGGAAGUGUACCGUGGAGCGGAUACGAUCAACAAAAUGUAGAACGGCAGCACAUGAUGCGAAAACGAGAUGUUAUUAUAAACUUACAAAAUGUCCCAUCGAUUCUUCGUGGCCUAUUGGAAGCUGGAUUGCAUCCUGAUGAGACGAAAAUAACAUUGGACAUGGACAAAAUAGGAAAGAAGCUUCAUAGGCUGCUGAUGGUAUACAAGGAGGAUGAGAAGAACGAGACAUUUGUAAACGAAAACAAUAAUGAUCUUUUAUAUAAUGAUACAUUGUAUCAAAAGAUUUCUCCUGUGUCGCCUACACAAA